AUGACGGACGAAAGCUUAUCACCUUUUUAUGGGAAUCGAAAGCGAUUGCCUCGGAAACAGCGUCAGCAUGGAGGUUCCAGUAUAGCCAGUCGACAGCUGGUCAAGAAGAAUCCAAAAUCGUCUUCCGGUGGAACCGACCUUCGAAUUUCUUCACCCAACACUUUUACUCGAAAUGGAAAUGAGCUCAACAAUUAUGGUUUAUGUUUGUCCCACCCGCGUGUAGAGAGAUUGGCUCAAGGACAGCAUCAAGAUGGUGGUGGUCAUGAUGAUGAUGAUGGUGAUGAUAAUGAUGGUAAUGAUAAUUCGGAUGAUGGUGAUGGUGAUUAUGAUGAAGAUCAUAGUAAUAAUAAAGACGAUUUUGAUGAUGGUUAUAGUGAUGAUGAUGAUAGUGAUGAUAGGGAUGAUGAAGAUGCUGAUGUUGAUGAUGGUUAUGGUAAUGAUGAUGAUGGUAAUAAUGAUGAUUGUGAUGGUGGUGGCGACGAUGAUGAAAAAGAUGAUGUGGUGGUGGUGAUGGUAAUGAUGAUGAUGAUGAUGAUGGUUAUGGUGAUUAUGACGAAGAUGAUGAUAAUCGUGAUGGUGGUAGUGAUGGUGAUUAUGAUGAAGAUGAUAAUAAUAAUAGAGACGAUGGUGAUGAUGGUGAUAUUGGUUAUGGUGAUGAUAUAUGAAGAUGAUGAUGGUAAUACUGGUGAUGAUGGUGGUGAUGAUGAAAAUGAUGAUGGCGAUGGUGGUGAUGAUAAUGGUGAUGAUGGUGAUGGUGAUGGUGAUGGUGAUGGUGAU